CCAACACCGUCGAACCAAACAACCCACAGAGUCAGCAGCCGCCGGAGGCCGGAGGGCAGAGCGGAUCGCCUUCCAACGACGGAGCUGAGCGUCGCCCAGCCGCCGCACGUCCACUCCAAGAGCGAGUCGGCGGUUUUAUCCCUAUGGAGCGCCGCGACUACUGGCUCCUAUUCGGAAGGACGCUCUGCAUGGCGCUGGCGGUCGCGGUCCUCGCGAUCGCGCCGCGUUCCGAGGAGGAACCCACCGGCACUUUGGCAGUCUUCGUGGCCGUCAAAACAACGGUGUCUCUCGAGAUUCUCUGGGGGCCUUUCAAGCUGAUGAUGCACGUCGCCAGCCUACGGCACUGGAACGAUGCGGGGCCGGGCGAUUACUUCGGCUACCCUUUUGUCGUCGUUGAGUGGGUGCUCGCGGUUGCCCAGUGGGGCUCGGCGUCCGCCGCCUGGGGCGUGAUCACAGAUCCUCGCUUCAGCUGCACCGGCUCACACGGGAGAUUCUGCCGCAGGUACGUGGUGUCGUCGGGGAUUGCGGCUCUCCUCAGUGUCGUUAGCGUUGCUAACGCCACCGUGCUAGUAUGGACCAGGAUGACGCAUGGCCAGCGUCUACUUGAGCUCAUCGGCCAGUAGCCUAGUAGGUGUAGCUGUAGCCGGCAAGUGCUCAUCUUGAACUAUGUUGUAAAAUAAUGGCAAAACUAAGAUCUGGACCAUGUGUGCCAUUUGAUGAUUGCU